AGUUACACAAGUUUGGCGCGCUGUUUUAAAACAGACCGCGGGAGAAAAGGAACUGAGGGAGAUUUGUUGUUUAGUUCAUCAGUGCUUUAUAUUGAUACAACUUUGCAGACAGAAUUUAUUGUGCGCGGCGUUUUGAAGAUGUUGUCCCGAAAAAGAAAGCACAGCUCUCCUGAUGUUGAGAGUAACCGAUCUAAAAAGCAAAUACGAAGCCCGAGGAAAAGGGCCAGUCAUCAGAAAGAGAACAUUGCCGUCUCAUUGACAUCUCCUCAGAAGACUCAAGUCUCACCACAGUCUCCCAGUACACCCAAAAAGAUGUGUAGGACAUCAUCUUUGGAAAACCUUCCGAGAAGAGCCUCUCCACGCAAAGCUGCCUUGGGUGCCGGAUCUUUUUACAGCAAGCAGAAACCUCUCUACCUCACUCCUCUUGAGCGGAAACUGCUGAAGGAAGUCAGAUCACCACCGUCAGUCCCUAGCAUAGACCCACCGAGACCCCCUUCAUCUGCUGGAAAUCCUGUUAAAAAACCUCAAAGAAAUGUUCAACAGAAAGUCAAAGUCACUCGGCCACAGUCUAACCUGAAAGGAUACUUUACUGCUGAACCCAAGGGGCAAAGUCCAUCUGACAGGAAAACAGAUCCACCAAAUGCUGUGGUGGAAAGUGUUCGUGCGCCUCUCACAUUCAGCAGUAUGAAAUCUAAAGGCAAACCCAAACUUGUUGUGGGAGCAGCUUUCUUCGGCACCGGAAAGAAGCCAACAUCAAUGUUUAAAAAAUCGGCACGGAGCACAAAGCUCAAAAAGUCAUCGAGCUAUGAGAAAUCCAACUCUUGCAAACCCUUGAAGGACAGAGAGGUGGUGCGAGAACACUCCCCGGUCCGUCGGGCUGUCUUCUUGAAGAAACAACUUGAAGUGCCUAAAACGCCAAUUGAAGAUGCCACCGAUGAAGAUGCAGAGUGCAGCGAUUCAACAAAAGUGACAGAGCCCACACAACUCUCCCCUCGUGUCCUGGCGGAUGUCCAUGGCAUUACUAAGGAAUUAAAGGUGGUUCUGAGGAGAUCCGUUAGCCCUAACCAAUCCUUCUGCUCUGAAGCUGGUAGCCAGGAGGCAAAUGCAAUAAGUGAUUCUGUGUUUGAUGUGACUGACGUACCCCCACCAGAUCAUAACAGCUCGCUAGAUGAAGAAGAUUCGUCUGUGUAUCCUAUCUUUGGCUCUAAAAGAUCACAGAAGAAAGGGUUGUUGUCACCGCCACAAAACAGCGGCACUCCAUCGACACUGACUGCUACUCCUGCUUCUAAAGCCAAAGAGAGAAAUGUCAUGCGACGGGAUAAAAAGAAACAAACAGACAACCAGCUUGUCAUUGAUGCCGGUCAGAAGCAGUUUGGAGCUACCACAUGCAGUUCCUGUGGCAUGCUGUACAGUAUUGACAGUCCAGAGGAUAACUUCCAGCACACACAGUUCCAUCAGCGCUUCCUGGACACCAUCAAGUUUGUGGGAUGGAAAAAAGAGAGGGUUGUUGCAGAGUUUUGGGACGGAAAGAUUAUUCUUGUUCUGCCUGAUGAUCCAAAAUACGCAAUUAAAAAGGCAGAGGACGUGAGGCGUAUUGCAGACAGUGAACUGGGCUUCCAGCAGGUGACCCUCAGUAGCCCUAGCUCGGCUAAAACCUAUCUCUUCAUUAACAGUGACAGAAUGGUGGUGGGCUGUCUGGUGGCUGAAAACAUUAGACGGGCAUUUCGGGUGUUGGAGCAAUCCGAGAAUCCUAAAGACAUGAACAAGGAGGACUUUAUGGAGCACCACAGAGCUUGGUGCUGCUCUACUGUCCCAGAUAAAGCCAUUUGUGGUGUCAGCCGUAUCUGGGUCUUCAGUCUGAUGAGACGGAAGAGCAUCGCAACACGUCUCCUGGACACUGUCAGGACGACUUUCAUGUAUGGAUGUCACUUGACCAAAGAGGAAACUGCAUUUUCUGACCCUACACCAGAAGGAAAGCUGUUUGCCACAAAGUACUGCGGGACUCCAACGUUUCUGGUGUAUAACUUUGUUAGUUAAAGAAACGUGUUGUCUAGGUUUUAAGCAUUUGUUGAAGUUUGUGUUGAGGAUGUUUUUAAUAGAUAAAAGAAAAUUGUGUUUGAUGUUCAAAUGAUUUCUGAUGAGUCUGAGAAGAUCUGUUCUACUGUUAUGUACAGACUGAGGUUUUCAAUGCGAGUUGUUUUUAAAAAAGCUACAGUAGCAAAAAUGUUGGCUUUAUUAACCAGCAGCGCCUUAAAGUUCUUGUUUUGGAAAAUUUCAACGUUACUUCAACAAUCAGCUUCCUCUUUUGUUAAGAUGUUGUAAGAUAACCAACUGUUCCUGGGUUUUGACUUUGUAUAUAUUUUAAAUAAAUG